AAUCUGACAAAUAGCUUGGCGUUUGUUGAAUAAGUUGACAAGUCUGAAUGUUUUGUAUUCAGUGAAAUAAUUAAUUUGGAUUUUUUGAUCGCUUUUUCUGUUGAUAUAAUAUUGAGAUUGUUGAUCAGUGUUCAACCAAGAUGGCUCAGAGGUUUCCCGGACCUGCCCCGUCGCAGGUUCCAGGAGGUCCUUCACCACAAAGGUAUCCUCCUCAGCAAGCUCCAGGAAUGAGACCGUAUGGAGCACAAAAUUUUCCGCAAAGGGCUAGUGGUUAUAAUACUCCUCCUCCUAAUAUGGGUACUAGUGGAGGUGGUUUGAUACAACGUCCCCAACAAGCACCCUAUUCACCCAUGAGAGGUGGAAGUAUGCAGAAUCAACAGGCUGGUAAAAGACCAGCCGAUAAUAGGAAUCCAAUGCAACAAAAAGGGGCCGAUUAUAACCAUGGGACUAGUAAGAAAAAGAAGAAAUUAGCUGAUAAAAUUUUACCACAAAAAGUAAGAGAUUUAGUGCCCGAGAGUCAAGCUUAUAUGGAUUUGUUAGCCUUUGAAAGGAAAUUAGAUGCUACCAUUAUGAGGAAAAGGUUGGAUAUUCAAGAAGCACUUAAAAGGCCUAUGAAACAAAAGAGGAAGUUGAGAAUUUUCAUUUCUAACACAUUCUAUCCUGCUAAAGAACCUUGUACUGACGCUCCUGAAGGAUCCGGCCAGGAAGGGAGUGUAGCUUCUUGGGAACUGAGAGUUGAAGGGCGAUUACUAGAUGAUUCAAAAAAUGACCCUAACAAAGUUAAAAGAAAGUUUUCCUCAUUUUUCAAAUCUUUAGUAAUUGAAUUAGACAAAGAUUUGUAUGGACCUGAUAAUCACUUAGUAGAAUGGCAUAGAACUUUAACUACUCAAGAAACUGAUGGUUUUCAGGUGAAGAGACCAGGUGAUAAAAAUGUGAGAUGUACCAUCUUGCUUCUUCUAGAUUAUCAACCGUUACAAUUCAAAUUAGAUCCUCGUCUAGCUAGACUUCUUGGAGUUCAUACCCAAACUCGGCCGGUGAUCAUAUCAGCUCUUUGGCAGUAUAUAAAGACACAUAGAUUGCAGGAUGCUCAUGAAAGAGAAUAUAUAGUUUGUGACAAAUAUUUGGAACAAAUAUUUGGUUGUCCAAAAAUGAAGUUUGCUGAAAUACCACAGCGACUUAAUCCUCUUCUUCAUCCUCCAGAUCCAAUCGUUAUCAAUCACGUUAUUUCAGUGGAAGGUGGAGCCGAAAGCAAGCAAACUGCGUGUUACGAUAUUGAUGUGGAGGUUGAUGAUACAUUGAAAACACAAAUGAACAAUUUCUUAUUAAGUACAGCGAGCCAACAAGAGAUCCAAGGACUGGAUACAAAAAUUCAUGAAACAGUGGAUACUAUAAAUCAAUUGAAAACCAAUCGAGAAUUCUUUUUGAGUUUCGCAAAGGAUCCACAGCAAUUUAUUCACAAAUGGAUUGUGUCUCAAACCAGAGAUCUGAAGGCAAUGACGGAUGUAGUAGGUAAUCCGGAGGAAGAGAGACGGUCAGAUUUCUUCUAUCAACCGUGGGCUCAAGAAGCAGUGUGCCGCUACUUCUAUACAAAAGUUCAACAAAAGAGAGCUGAACUGGAGCAAGCUCUUGGCAUUCGUAACAAUUAAUGUUUUAUAUAACUGAUAUUUUGACAGUAUUUGUGUUAUUAGUUGAUAUUGUGUACUUCCUUAUUCAUAAGAACACAACAAGCAUACAUAUUAUGGUUUUGUAAAAAUUUUAUUGUAGAAAUUUUAAUUGCUUCAAAUAGAAUUCGAA